AUGUCGGUGCUACUUCUUUCCAUCCUGGGAGUCUCGUCGGGGCUGAGACAAUGCCCCGUCUGGAGGGACAUCCAGCCGUGCCAGUGCAGGAUGGAGCCCAAUUCGAAGGCUGCCACUCACGUCUGGUGCGAGAAGAUGUCUUCGUUCGGACAGGCGAUCGAUCUUUUGGCAAACAAAUUUCCGUCGGACGAGAAGAUCUCGCUCAAGCUGGUUGGGUCUACGUUUAGUGAUCUUCCGGAGAGGAGUUUCAAGGAACUGAAUUGUACUAUAGAGAAUCUCAAGAUGAAUCACAACUAUCUGGGGUAA